AUGAGCCUCCCCAAACAACCCGAAGCCAUUACCGACAAUACCGCCAAGCUGUCUUCCCCAAUCCUCCUCCAGCGCACCGUCACCUUUGACGCGGGCAACGACCCCCCGCGGAACGGAAGCGCCUAUCUCAACAUGUCCGAUCGAAACACCGGGGCUCGAAGGAGGAGAUCUAGCAGCAUCCUCCAGGUCUAUCAUGAACCCCCCGAGACCCUCGAGCAGAUCAGCGAUCAGGCAUCUCUGCCGAACUUGAACGCAAACUGGACUAAUGCCAAAGUCGUCCGCUUCAAGGCCAAAGUGGCUGACAUUCAUACUCUCUGCCUGCGUUGUGUAGGAGCAUGGACGAUUCACCUUGUCCUUAUAGCUGGCCUUAAAAUCUUCUACGACGUCAUCCCCGGUGUCUCGCAGGAGACCUCAUGGACGCUGACCAACAUCACGUAUAUGUUUGGCUCAUACAUCAUGUUCCAUCACGUUCGCGGAGUUCCCUUCGAUUUCAACAGUGGUGCCUUCGACAAUCUCAACAUGUGGGAGCAGAUCGACAACGGAGCUCAAUACACCCCGACCAAGAAGUUCCUGCUCAGUGUGCCGAUCAUGUUGUUUCUACUGAGCACGCACUAUACCCACUACGAUUUGGCAUACUUCUCUAUCAAUUUUCUUGCAGUACUUGGGGUCGUUAUCCCUAAACUUCCUUUUAGUCAUCGGAUGCGCUUCGGGCUUUUCUCAGGAGUUCCCGAAGAAUAG